AUGAUUUUAUCAUUGACAAUGACAAGAACUGAAUUUUCUUAUCAUCUACAUGGUCGCUUUCAUGGAUCGUUACAAUCAAUGAAUGAUCAUGAAGACAUUGUAAACUCAACUGUACCUUCUACAAAUGAAGAUCUUGUAUCGAACAAUUGUUCAUUGCAACCAAUUAAUAUCGAUGUACAACUGGAUAAACUUGAGAGUGACGAUCAAAGACAAAAAUACACUAUGAUAACAAUUACUUCCGUUUGGAAGAAAAUCAUAGUAAAAACUGACAGUGAUGACAAUAAUAGUGAAGCUGAUGAAAUAAAUGAUAGCUCAAUAUCGUUCAUAUCAUUGAAUACAAUCCAAGUAAUAUUCACUGUUCCUUCUACUAUAAUUUCAAAUGAAUCAAUUCUUAAUCGAACAGUAUUUAUAACUGAUAUUAAAUCUAAUCAAUUAUUAGCAUCUUUAAAUCAUAUUUGUUUCAAUGGAUCAUCGUUCAUUAUUAAUUAUUCAACGAACCAAUCAUUACCAUAUAAUAUGUGUUUAUAUGUUUUAAUAUCAUCUAUAACAUUGAGAGAAAUCUUUAUUUGUUGUACUAUUAACAAUAAUUCCGACGAUAAUGAAAAUCAGAUCGUAGGACCAAGUAUAUCUUUUAUUAUGUCACAAUCUGUUAUAAGUCUUCUUUUGAUGCUUAUUAUAAACUUAGUACAAACAAGUAGAAAGAAAAAUCUAGUUAAUUGUGUUGGUAAACAUUUUUUUCACAAUAAAUUAAUUACUCAUAAAAAUAGUAUUACGAUAUUGAAUGAUAGUAUAAAUUCCGAAAUGAUAAAUGAUAUUCAUUUAAAGAAUUUUAUUUCAUCAUCUGUUGAAGAACAAGUAUUAGCUGCAAAUGAUUUAACAUCAACACGUGAUAAUCGAAGAUUUACACAUCAUACAUUAAUUGAUAUUAAAGAACUAGCAAAAUAA